AUGGCUGCCGGAAGGUUACUGCUCUACACCGGCCUCUCGCUCGCGCUCUGCGCCCUGGGCAUGCUGGCCGUGGCCAUCUGCUCGGACCACUGGUACGAGACGGACGCCAGGAAGCACAGGGACAGGUGCAAGGCCUUCAACACCCGCCGGGUGGACCCCGGCUUCAUUUACAACAACAACAACAACUUGCCCCUCCGUGCGAGCCGCUCGCGCCUGGACCGCUGGGAGGGCAAACUCCUCCGGGCCCGGAACCGUCGGCAGCUCUUCGCCAUGAGCCCGGCUGACGAGUGCAGCCGGCAGUACAACUCCACCAACAUGGGCCUUUGGAGGAAGUGCCACCGGCAGGGCUUCGACCCCGAGAUCGCGGCCCUCAUUCGAAAAGGAGAAAUUGAGCGGUGCACGUACAUCAAAUACCACUACUCCUCAGCCACCAUCCCGAGGAACCUCACUUUCAACAUCACGAAGACCAUCCGGCAGGAUGAGUGGCACGCCCUGCACCUGCGCAGGAUGACGGCCGGCUUCAUGGGCAUGGCGGUGGCCAUCAUCCUCUUCGGCUGGAUCAUCGGCGUGCUGGGCUGCUGCUGGGACCGGGGCCUUAUGCAGUACGUGGCGGGGCUGCUCUUCCUCAUGGGAGGAACCUUCUGCAUCAUAUCACUGUGCACCUGUGUGGCCGGGAUCAACUUCGAGCUGUCACGCUACCCUCGCUACCUGUAUGGACUCCCCGACGACAUCAGCCAUGGCUACGGAUGGUCCAUGUUCUGUGCGUGGGGGGGCCUGGGCCUCACGCUCAUCUCGGGGUUCUUCUGUACCUUGGCCCCUUCUGUCCAACCUGUCCCGAGGACCAACUGCCCCAAAUCCAGACCCGAGAAUGGGACAGUGUGCUAAAAAACAAACGGCCCCCCCCCCAUAUAUAUAUAUAUAUAAAUAUAUAUAUAAUAUACAUAUAUAAAACAAAACUCGAUCCAGACGAUGCUAGUGCCAAGGAGAGUGGAGUGGGCUCAGGCACCCGCAUCCUGUCGGACUUCGUCUUUGUCGCCUCGUCCCCGAGAUGGGGACGGCGUUCCCACCACGCGGCUCUUCCAUCACUUCUUACCUUCUGGCUCCACGGUUCCCUGAAGACGCGGUGAACGCCCCGCUCACCACAGCCUCCCGGUCCCCGUCACGCACGAGGGCGGGGCGGCGGGCUGGGAAGGGACCGUGCCAGCGGGCUGCAGCGCGAGGAGGGGAAGACGGAAGGGCCACCCCCUGGGCCGUCACCCCAGCACUGACCACGUGGCAGAGAAGCAGAGCUGUCAUUCACCGAACGGAGUCGGGGGCGGAGCCUCCCCUCCUCGGGCUCCUCCCCUUCCGGUUUCCUUCCUGGCGCCCCAGCCUUGCGCAAGAAGCGGAGGAGGAAAACAAAGCGAGAAGGAAGUUUCCUCGUAGCCAUCAAACUUUUGGACAAAGCUCAGGAGGUGGAGAGGGGGGAGAACAACCUGCUGAGAGGCGAGGUCCGCGUCCAUGAAAGGACGCUUCGGCGGAUGCUCAGAAAACCCAGUCUUACCGUCCAGCUGCCUUACACCCAGUUAGACAAGAGGCUGCCCUCCCCCCCCCACCCCGCCCCACCUGCACUCCCUGCGCAGACGGGAGCCUUGGAGUGAUGCUGUGAUGUGUGUGUGUGUAACUGUUCCGGGUGGCUUCCUUUUCCCUUUUCACCUUUUAAAAUGGAAACACUGCAUUAUGCCCGCUGCCUCUCUCCCCACCGGGGCGGUUUCAGGGCCCAGCUGCGAGGCCCUGAGACCAGGAGGAAUAAUGAGGGGCAGGCCCACAUGAGUGCCAGUUCUGCAGCUUCUGAUCCCCAGCGUGUGUGCGCGUGGCGGAUGUUUCCUGAGUGUAGGUUUUACCGUGUGUGUUGCAUUUUUCUGUUAUUUUUAGUGCAGCUGAAAUUCCCAGAGGGCAGAGCCGAGAACAAACCCGCUGGGCAGAGGACCCCGUGGUUCUUCACAGGACAGUGCGGGGGCGGCAGCACGGGCUUUACACCCUCUCCUUGCGGAAGUCCUCGACACAGCUGGGCCCACGAGCCGUGCACGAAGAGCGGGGACACAGUUCAGGAGGGGGACAGAAGUGGCCCCUGCUGUGGUCGUACGAGUCUGUGCCCCCAACGAGACCUUUUCCUCCCCAUCCUGGAGGCGGGCCCUUCGUCACUGGACAUCCACCCCUUCCCUAGAGGCGACGUCCGUGCAGAGGAAAGAAAAUGGGUCACGUGCAGAGGGCGCACCUCCAUGUCCCCUGGGCCCACGUUUGUAUGAUAUGAUGUAAAUUAAUGGAGAACUCUCGAUGUUUCCCCUCCUCCUCCUCCUCCUCCUCCUCCUUCCCUCUCGAUAGUCAAGGCCAGGAACCCCAAAAGAGCCGUCCCUGUGGCAGCCCCCAGACAGAGGCCGUGCCGGUGCAGCCCUGAGCCUGCGGCUCCUUCGCGCACACCGGCACACUGCGGGCGAUGGAGCUGCAAGGGCAGCCAGCGAGGCGUGGAGGCUGCAGGGGCAGGGGCAGCGGAGGGCCACCUCGGUGACCCUGCUGGGGCCGAGCAGCCCCGCAGAGGCAGGAGAGAGUCCCCGAGCUCUAGAGCCGAGAAUUCAGCUGCUUCAGAAAAAUGAAUGCGCUUUGGAAACUUUGCCAACCAACCGCUCAGCAGCCUCCCCUCCCACCGGCGCCCUGUGUGCCCUAGCUCCGCCUGCAGGGCCCGCCUCCUCUUCUCACCCACUAAUCGCUGGGCCUCUGCCGCUCCCUCCGCCAGGCCGCGCGUCCUGCCUGUGUCCUCCUCUGCCCUUCUGACUGCGCGCGACUCCCGUCGGACAGGACACCCGGUGUGCACGGUGGGCCUGAGUGAGGGUCUCUGUGUGUGCGGACCCCUCUGGUGCAGUUUGCGUGUGUUCGCCCAUACGUACCUGGGUGCAGGUGUUGGGUGUCCUCUUCAAGGCUUCCCGGCCAGCGGCGCUUGUCAGCUUCUGCAGAAGGUCUCGCGUGUGAGUGCGUGCCCUGGGUACAGGCGUGCGGGGUGCUGAGGGGGAGGGGUACGGGCAGGAAAUGCCGCUAGCUUCCAACUUAGCUUCUAAGGAUUCUUUAUAAUGCAGAGGCUCUAGUCUAUAGGAAGGGAAGUCAUUUUCAGGAACAUCCAGUUUUCAAUUGUACGGGGAAUUGUUUUUUUAAAAAGUUAGAUUUCCCUCUGAAGGGGAAGGCGGCGUACUUGGGCUUGAGGAGAAGUGAGAAGUAUCUCAGAUUGAGAGGCCUCCUCUUCCUUCCCAGUGUCCUGAAUGGGUUCCGCUGAGCAGAGAGAGGCGGGGGUCCCGGAGGGUCCUGCAGGGGCAGAGUGCUGGUGGGUGGCCCGGCCCGCAUUCCAGCUGUUUUGCAGUUGCAGGAAAGUGGGGAAGGAAUCCUAAAUGUGGCCAUUUGCUGUCAGCCCUUUAGAGUUCAGUGACUGCGUGUGUGAGGAUCCUCCCUGGCAGACCUCUCCUUAUUUACACCCUCUUGUUUCUGUGCCACGCUCGCCCUAGACGGGUCGUCCAUGCUCUCCAAGUGCUAAUCUGUGUGACAGGCCAUUGACGCAGCUUACUGCGUCCCUUUGAACCCUCCCUGAAGUGUCAGGAGGACUCCUGGGAGAGAAGUAAACCAUCAGGGGCCCAGUCACCAUCUGCAGGGUAGACGCUCUGAGCCGCCUCUUUCUGGCGAUGGGGCCAGACAGGUCCACACAGGCGCGCUCGAGCACACAC